GGGAGGGGGGAAAGCGGCACCAUGGUGGGUCCUGGCGUGGUGGGGGGCUCCAGGGGGCUGCUCUCGGCUCGCCUGGGCUGCUGUGUCCAAGAGGAGGACGUGGGGCGGAGAGAGACCUUCAGUGCUGAGUGGCUGGACCUGGAGCUCAGCUCCCGGCCCGAGGACGGGUGGUGCCGGCGGGAGGUGGACACGCAGCGCCGGGAGACGCUGGAGCAGCGCGGGGCCGUGCGGCUGCUGGAGCAGCGCUCGCCCUGGGGGCUACUGCGGGUGGGGGUCCUGGGCCAGCCCCUGACCCAGCACCUCCUGCCCUACGCCCGCACCCUCCCCGUGCCCCUCUUCGCCCCCUCAGACCUCCGCGGAGCCAAGGGGGGAAUCCCCCGCACCCUCUCCCGCUCCCUCUCCCACGAGGCCCAGCGGGGCUGAGCGCGGCAGAGGGGCCGGGGGAGGUCGGGGGGGGUUGGG